UUCAUGAUGUUUUGAUUCAACUGAAUCAAUAUAUUUAUCAAUAACCUGUGAGAUGUCGUCUACAUAAUAUUGGUAUAACUGACUAAUGCCCAAUACAUUUAAGAUAAUCCUUAAUGUAGAAAAUAAAGGUCCUGAAAUUGACCCCUGAAGAACACCUUAAUAUAUUCUUCUUCUUUUUUCAGGAAAACACCUCAUCUCAAACUAAUCCAUUCGUUACAAUCUGAAAGAUAUUAUUUAUGUCGUUUAAAACUAUUUUGAUAAAUUCCAAAAGACCAAUUUUUGUGUAGAAUAACUUCAUGGUUGACUGUAUCAAAGGCCUUACACACGUCAAUAAAUAAAGCUUGUGCAAGUUUUUCAUCGUCCAUGGUUUUCAUGAAUUUAUCAUGACAUAAUAAUACAGUCAUCAGUUGAUAGUGUUCCUGGGAUAAGUCAGUUGAUAAUGUUACUGGGAUAAGUCAGUUGAUAAUGUUACUGGGAUAAGUCAGUUGAUAAUGUUACUGGGAUAAGUCAGUUGAUACUGUUACUGGGAUAAGUCAGUUGAUAAUGUUACUGGGAUAAGUCAGUUGAUACUGUUCCUGGGAUAAGUCAGUUGAUAUUGUUACUGGGAUAAGUCAGUUGAUAAUGUUACUGGGAUAAGUCAGUUGAUAAUGUUACUAGGAUAAGUCAGUUGAUAAUGUUACUGGGAUAAGUCAGUUGCUACUGUUACUGGGAUAAGUCAGUUGAUACUGUUCCUGGGAUAAGUCAGUUGAUAAUGUUACUGGGAUAAGUCAGUUGAUAAUGUUCCUGGGAUAAGUCAGUUGAUAAUGUUACUGGGAUAAGUCAGUUGAUAGUGUUACUGGGAUAAGUCAGUUGAUACUGUUACUGGGAUAAGUCAGUUGAUACUGUUCCUGGGAUAAGUCAGUUGAUACUGUUACUGGGAUAAGUCAGUUGAUAAUGUUACUGGGAUAAGUCAGUUGAUACUGUUACUGGGAUAAGUCAGUUGAUACUGUUCCUGGGAUAAGUCAGUUGAUAAUGUUACUGGGAUAAGUCAGUUGAUACUGUUACUGGGAUAAGUCAGUUGAUACUGUUACUGGGAUAAGUCAGUUGAUAAUGUUACUGGGAUAAGUCAGUUGAUAAUGUUACUGGGAUAAGUCAGUUGAUAAUGUUACUGGGAUAAGUCAGUUGAUAAUGUUACUGGGAUAAGUCAGUUGAUAAUGUUACUGGGAUAAGUCAGUUGAUAAUGUUACUGGGAUAAGUCAGUUGAUAAUGUUACUGGGAUAAGUCAGUUGAUAAUGUUACUGGGAUAAGUCAGUUGAUAAUGUUACUGGGAUAAGUCAGUUGAUACUGUUCCUGGGAUAAGUCAGUUGAUAAUGUUCCUGGGAUAAGUCAGUUGAUAAUGUUACUGGGAUAAGUCAGUUGAUAUUGUUACUGGGAUAAGUCAGUUGAUAAUGUUACUGGAAUAAGUCAGUUGAUACUUACUGGGAUAAGUCAGUUGGUUGGUAGUUUGUUUUACGUCACUUUGGAAACUUUCACUCAUAUUGAGACUUUACCAGCUGUAGAUGAAACACCACAAAUUUAGACCCAUGCUUACGCCUUACGACCGUAGCAGUGAGGGUUCCUUAACGUGCCAAUGUCUGCCGUGACACGGGACCUCCGCUUUUAAGGUCAUAUCCGAAAGGCCCGUUACUGGGAUAAUUUAGUGAUCAGUUAAUAAAGUCACUAGGAUAAAUCAGGGAUCGGUUAGUAAAGUUAUUAGGAUAAUUAAGUGAGCAGUUAAUAAAGUUACUGGCAUAAUUCAGUGAUAAGUUAAUAAAAGUACUAGGAUAAUUUAGUUAUUUGUAAAGUUACUGGUAUAAGUUAUCCGUUAAUAAAGUUACUUGGAUAAUUCAAUGAUCAGAUAAUCAAGUUGCUAGGAUAAUUUAUUGAUCAGUUAAUAAAGGUACUGGGAUAAUUUAGUGAUCAGUUAAUAAAGGUACUGGGAUAAUUUAGUGAUCAGUUAAUAAAGGUACUGGGAUAAUUUAGUGAUCAGUUAAUAAAGGUACUGGGAUAAUUUAGUGAUCAGUUAAUAAAGUCACUAGGAAUCUUAUAGUGAUUAGUUAAUAAAGUUACUGAGAUAAUUCUGUGAUCAGUAAAGUUACUGGCCUAACGUUGGAAUCAGUUAAUUAAACUGCUGGGGUAACCUAGAUUUUCAAAUCUUCCCUGGGGAAAGGGGUUUUCAAGACAACGAAUGCUUUGGAAGUUUGCCAUUAAAACAACGUUUUAUACAAAUAUAUACGAUAAAACAUCGGAUGUGUUGAUCUCGAACGCUACUGAAGUCAGGAAAGAUAAGUAUCUAGUUUCAUUGAAUACUUGCUGCGUGCAGCGACAUGAAACUUCUCAAACUUUAAAUUUUCGGAAAACCCCUUUACUAAAAAUAGAACAGGACGCCUACGGGAAUUCUUGUGACAAUCCAAAGUAAACACUCGAAUAAAUAGUUUGUGUGUAAUCUACCGAAUUCAAAUCGCGGCAUUAUCUUGCAUGGUUUGCUGCCUCACGGAGUGGUCGUCUGUGUGUGUACAAUAAUUACAUGUACAAUAUAUGAACUAUUAAAAAUACUUUUUAGUUCACGUGAUUUUUGUUUGUAAUACAUGAACUUUGAGCGCAGUGGUGGAUCUAAAGGGGGGUUACAGGGGUUACAGUUCCUCCUUUGGAUGAAAGUUUUUAACAAAUUGCUCUUUAGAGGGAAAAGGUACCAAACGUGGUUCACACCUUGUUUGAAUUUUUCUGGAUCAACCCCCGGAGAGACCAGUCCUCUAUACACGUACUUCUCUGAUAAGAAGAAAACCCUUAUGCUUAUCAUUAUUGAUACCAGAUUUGAAUUGUUUAACAAAUAUUUGGCCUACAGACCCUUAAUGAUAUUCAUACUCAUUUUCACUUCGGGCAGUUAUUUCACUCUCCUUCGUUGAGAAUUAGGGUAUGCAUGCAUCCGUAAAAUAAAAGUCGGGUCGUAUAAUGAGAUGUACUCCUUUGAUCAUAGAAGUCUAUUUUUGACUCUUUUUUUUUUACACAUGCGUAGGGCCUAUAUCUCUAUCCGUGUGGGGUGUAUUGUAAACAGAGGUGGUUUGAAGUUUUACGAACUUGUGUUCCAAUUCCAUUGUAUAUUUAUCUCACGAAAAGAUAUGUUCAAAUCGAAUCUUAAUUUUUUAGGUUUCAUUUUUAAAAAACAACCACUCAAAUAUUGUAGACGAGUAGAAAAUGUGUCAAAGUAAUUUCUUGCUAUUCAUCAGAUUUUUUUGUAGCACUAACACACAAGGAUCCCCAUGUAGUUGGAUUUAAGUUUGCACCACGACCUCCAAGGUCAGGGUAGGUUUAUUUCCCGUCCAGAUUUUGAGACGUCGACAGCUUUACAAAUUCAGACCUAUGCUUAGCACUCAGGGCCGUAGCAGUGUGGGUUCUUUAACGUGCCAACGCCUGUCGCGUCCCUUUUCACUUUACAUUACUAUACAGAUGAACCGUUAUUGAUAAUAUUAAGAGUGAUCUCCAUUUUAUGAAUCAUGUGACACCUUGCUACGUCAUACAACGUGCGCUUAAAUAUAGAUUAUCACGCUGUGAAACAAUAUAAUGGUAUUGAUUGUUUUAGAUUCCUUUGAGACUUUUUCACUCAUAUUGUGACGUUACCAGCUGUGGGUGGAGUACCACAAAUUUAUACCAAUGCUUAGCGCUCAGGGCUGUAACAGAGCGGGUUCUUUAUCGUGCCUAUGCCUGUUGCGACACGGGACCUCCGUUUUUAAGGUCAUAUCCGAAAGACCCAUGAUUCUAACUUUUAUAUGCCGAGAGCAAUCACUAUCUAUGUUUACGUCUUAGGUUUUACGCGGCCAUAGCACGAGCGGGUCUCGAACUCACGACGUUCUGGUUACAAACUGGUUAUGAAACACUCUGGAUUUGAUCUAAAGUGGCAGAAAAUGAUAUUUUCCCAGGUAGGGUGAGGUGUUUUCCUCCCUUUUUGACCAGUUUUCCUCUGAUUUCUGAGGAAUUCAGUCACAUCCCUGAUACUAGAAAACAGAUUAUCAUUCACUUCUAUCUCAACAUUAGUUAUUAACCCAGGUAAUCUGACCUUGAAAGUUAAGGUAAAGGACACUAAUCUAUACGUCAUUACAUAAGAAAAUGAAAAUACAGUUGUAUAGUAGGCACAUUAACAUACGGUGUAAUGUUGACGUUAUAAAAUUUAAAGUAUCGUACGUACAUCAAUGAAACACGGCCCUUGACUACAUCAAAAUGCUGAAAAUUCGCUAACAAGUCCUGAAAUAGAGGAAAAGCAGUAUGGAAAUUUUAUAAAAGUCAAACUUUGUCUAUAAGUAUGAUAUAAUGUUGCUCUAGUAGUUUUUACUUGAUACAUAAUUUAUUCCAUUCAAGUAAAGGAUGGUAAAUGAACAUUGGCUGUUAAUUGCAAGUAAAAAUUAUGCAUUUUUCAACAUUUUCAUUACUUGUAAGUGUAAAUCAAUUUCAGUAGAUCAAUUAUUUAAAAAUGUGUUGUUUUAAGUAAUUGGUAGAUAUUGACAAGGUAUUUCAUUGUUCAUUAUACGGUACAUUGCAUAUUCAAUGUAUAAGCUUUACCAACAGUAAAUGUGCAUUUGAGUAUAGGACAUGAAUCUUAAACAGCAUUCCGUAGAUUUAUAGGUCCAAUAUUUAUUUUCAUCUGCGUCACUGCCAUCGUCUCAUUGACGCACGACUGCAUCAGUCACUGUCAUCAAAGACAUAGUUGCUCCAAUCACGUGCUCCAAUCACGUGCUCCGACCAAAAUGCUGUCUAUAUGCCACAAAAUGGCUGAAACACGACUGCACAUUCCAAACACCCUAGCUCCACAUCUACACAAGAAUGCCACAGCUUUAUACAAACCUCAUUAUACUUAAUGAAAAAGUAAAACUAACGAUCAGUCAUCAAUCUCAUAAUUCCUAUCAAGAAUACGAAUUCAAGAGUACGGCGAACACGGAUUCCUUGAUAACCCAGAGGUAGGACCAGGUUUCUAGAAGGAUUAAGCAUCCCCUUUGACCGUUCACAUCCAUUAUUUUAAGUGCACUUCUUUGAAGAGAUAUAUCAACGUUGUGUUUAAUACGGAACAACUCAUGAAAUUAAAUGAAUGACUCUUUUUAAUGUGUUCUUCAAUAUAACUUGCUCAUGUUCUCAGUUGGUAUGUACCAGUAGUGAGAGUUUUUCUAACUGAUCUUAAUCAUUUGUAGUGAAAUUAUUGGGGCCAAUUUCUGAAGCUUCUUUACAAGGAACUUUUGUCUGUUCUUCGCAGUUUACUGCUGAGGCAUCGUCGUCGCGUCUUUCCUUAAGCAGGUGUUCAACCCUGGGAAAUAUUUGUUGCUUAAGGCAAUUCCACCCCUAUAGAAUUAAAGGUUCAAUUUUAUAUUUGAUUUUUCAAAUGAUAUAUUUUAGUAACAAAUAAAAGUGAUAAAAUAAGUAUGAUACAGUAUUAAUAAAUUUUUAUCAAUUAGCACGCAUAUAUCUGUUGUCAACGUCAGAAAAUUUCAGUUUUCCUUCUACAGCAUUUUCAAAAUUUAACCAACAAAAAAAAAAAAAAAAGAGGUUAAAAUGAUAUAGUAGUAUUCAUAACAUUUUCAUGAAACUGUUUCUUUAAAACUAUACAAAAUGUUUGUGAAAAAUAAAGGAAAUCUAACGUAUAAUGGAUUUGAUAAAGAAUUUAAUGAAAACAGUUAUUCCCCUUGGAUUCAAUAUUUUGAAACAUGUAAUUGAUUAUUAAAAUAUAACUUAGACUUUUGAAAUAUUCUAUGGUUAACAAGAUUUUUUAAAAUAACUAUUGAAAAAGACUCCAACAAAAUUUAUGUUCCUUUCUUGCAUGAAUCAUUGACUUUGCGAAAUCUUAUGACGUCACAAGAGGGUGGAACUACGUUAAGGCACAUACAAUUUUUACAUAAUCGCAAAAUGUGACUAAGAUAUUUCCACCUAUGAUUUGAAGAUCCCGCUAUUCAAUUAAUCUACGAAGUCAUAUAAGUUAUCGUAUGUUAUAUGAGAUGGAUCCUAAGCGUACGUGGUCAUGAUAUUUGAUAAUAUGGUAACUUUUAUGCUUUCAAGCCAUCAACUAUCUGUAAGCAUGCAGUACAGUACCAGUAUGACCAACCUGAAGGAACUUUAUGAUCUUAUUUUAAUGAAAUUUGUAUUAUCAUCCCAAUCCUUUUACAUAAGCCCAUCAACUUGUAUAUGUAGAAAAUAUAAAUAGUGGAGUUGGGAAAAUAAAAAGAAAGACAGGAAAACAGACAGAGAAAGAAAACGAAAUUUGUUAUUUUAAAGAGUUAAAUCAAACUUACUUUUUAAAAUUAAUAUUCUCAUCUUUUGUGGACAACUGCUUUUGGGGUUUUUUUGACACGAAUUUUGGCAUUUCUGCUUGAAUUUUGAUAUCUUCAAGAAAACGAACGGCAUCUCGAAACCCUCUGCCCACUACAUAAUGUCCUCAACUGUAAAUCCAGUUUUUGAUGUCCUCCAUAUUAAUCUUGAUUAUGUGAGUCAAAAUUGAUGCAUCAUUGUUUCUGAGAUCAGUAAGGACAGUUAUAAAAGUCAUUGCCUAUAAAAUAGGCGUUCCCUUAUGUAGACUAGAUAAUCUCGGAUGAAGAUGAACUUUUUUCGAUAUAAAUGCAUGAUGAAAGGUGAAGAUAAGAACAGUGAUCAAUCUCAUAACUUCUGUAAGCAAUACAAGAGAGAGAGUUGGGCAAACAUGGACUGUUGAGAACCAAUAUUGCUUCCUUUCCUGAUGAUCCAAAACGUGAGACAGCUAAAGGAGGAGUUUGGGCUUCCAAUACCUCUUCACGGAUCACGUGAUGAAAACUGGACCAAAAUUUUCAUCCAACUUUGACACACCGACUUCUCUCUGCAGACUUAAUUUUGUCAGGUUGAAUAAAGUUGCCAGAAAUCUGUUAGAGAGUCCCGAGUCCAACUAGUAAAGAAAAAUUGCCAACGUUGUUCUGACAUUUCUGGAUGGGUAUUUUUUAUAUAAUGAUGUAUUGUCUCAUAAGUUUUCCUUCGUCAGGCCACUCAAAGACAUUUAGUCCUCAGUGGUAAGGUUUCCUUUGUUGUGAAAAUCAAGUUGGUAGUUUUUAUUUACUUGACAAGUGAAAGAGCGAGAUAACAAACAACCCCACAAAGAAUACAACAAUAAGCUAAUCUUAGUGACAAACGCGGACCCCUACACGCACCAGUAACUUAACUGGAUGCGCCCAAGGGGAGUAAGCCUAGCGCCCACAGCCCAACCAAACAACCCUAAAUUAAGAACACAUCUUUAUUUAUACUGUUGGUGAAUAUUAGAAUUGAGCUUAGAUAUGCAGAACGGGAUUUUUUUUUUUUUGGAUGUCAUUGCCCUUUAAGAAAUGCUCAGGUGACCGAUAAGGCCUGUGGGCCUCUUGUUGCUAUUAGUGGCGCGCUAUGAACAGUGGGAGAAUUUUUUUUAAAUAGCCAGUUUAUGGAGCUACAAUACCAAAUGUAUGGAACCAUGUCCAAUUCUAAUAUAUAGAUCUAGUUCUCCUAGUUUUUUAAAUCUAACAUGUUUAUACCCAGGAUUCUGGUACUUAAUUGUGGUCACAAUACUACUAAGAAACAUUUACUUUCAUUUUACAUAUGUUUAGGAGCCAUAAUGGGGGUUUGUGAAUCAAGUACUUUGCAUACUUCUUCCUAUUUAUAAACGUCUGCCAAUGAUCACGAAAGGUUGGACAUAUGUAAAAGUAUAAGAUAUUCAUUCCGCCAUUAAAUUUUCUAUAACCCUUUCAUUUCUUACUUUAACAUGAAUAGAGCAAUAAAUCCCAACCAUUGUUUGUUGUAUAUACUGUUGAGCGUCAUUAAAAAUAUUCAGAGCAUAUAUACAUUAAAAACCGGAAAAAAACCUUAUAAGAUCAAAAAAAUAUAUCGUUAUCAUUUUUAUGCAGCUCUAGUCGUGAAAUACUAAAUAUUCAACUCUUAGUAUAGUUUGGUCCCCCGGAUAUAGAUUCGGAUCGGGACACUCAGGAUUUCUGGAUCCGCGCAUGAUUAAUACGCAGUUGCCGUAAUAUAAGUUCGUAAAACUAUCCUUUCAUAUAGACCUUUUGAGAUUUUGUGAUAGCUGGGCGCAGCUAGCACAUGCAAAACUUACGUGAGACAAUCUAUUCUUUAAAAUUCCGGUGUGUUGUAUUACAAAAUCUUAAAGGUCUUUAAAAAUACAUUGACUUCAGUCCCUCAAGCGAGACGGGGUUCUUCUGUAUUACCUGGUUCUUCGUUCAGAAAAUCGGUGAAAUGACAUAGUUUUAACUCGUAAUGUUCAGUGGAUAAUGCUGUCCUAAAACCAGCCCUCCAUAGAAAGUCACCUUGAACUGAAAAUCUAUCGAGGAUUUCUGCAUUGGGUGUCACAUGCUCCCUGCAUAAUGGAGACGUGCACGGCCACUAAGAGCACUAGCCAGUGUUGGUUAUACAAGAAAAAGUCUGAUACACACAGGAAAAGUUCAUUCUUAGAAAGAGGGGUAGAGGUAAACCCAUCCACUCCCGUAACAUGUCGCCAUCCUUUUUACUACAAUAUUAAUAAACACCAGGCAUUACAGAAGCGCAUUUAUUGGGUGGAAUCCACCUACAUUUCAUCACCCAUACAGAAUUCUACGUCUUCGAUAAAAAUUAAGUUUAAGUCGUGUUGUAAUGGUCAAUAUAACAUGGAGCCAAAGAAACGGAGUCGCAAAUCAGGAGUUAAGAAUACUAGUAAACAGUGUUCCAAUACGAACACCGAGGGGACUGAAGUCAUGGAACCAUUCAUUGACAAAUUUUCCCUCAUCAAAGCAAGAAGACAUAAAUCAGAGCAGAUUUAUGAUAGGAAAAAGAUGUUCAAAGCAAAGAAUCCAUUUAAAGAAAAAGAAAAAUUGCCAAUUUCAGAGACUGUAGAAUCUGUUGUUAGUGAAGGACACGUAAGACAGGAAGGAAAAGAUUCAACUGCAGAGAUGGAUAAUGAACAUUUGACAAUUAAUCUGAAGCGUGUCGGUAUAAAUAUCAACGAAGAUAGAAUUGAAGACAAAUUAUUGGAUAGUGGUCUUUCCCAUUUCUUUAAGAAAAGGCCAAACAUAUCACUAGAGCGAAUAAAUCGGAAAGAUCUUAAAGCUCUUAGUGAAGAUGGAUUCAUUAAAACUGAAAAUUGUGAUCAAACAAAUAAAGAGAACAAACCGGACGAGACAGAGGAUUGCCAGUGGAAAACUGCAUCUACAAAAAGUAUGAUGAUUACAGCGGAACACCUUAGCAAGCUUAAGUCCAAGCUGAAGAAAGUUUCAUACAAGAGGGUCAAGGAAAAAAUUCGAUCCAGCAACAACAAAUCUGCAAAAGACCAUGUGCCGAAUGAAAAGACACUGUUUCGGGACGAAGCUCCAAAUAUCCUGGAUGACAAUCAGAUUAUAACAACCUUAGAUUCCCCAGAAAGUCCCCAGCCCCCAAUUUUGAUCCCUGAAUUGAAUCUUUGUGAAGAUGAUGUUAACAGUUUCGACGGAGACACCCCAUUUGUUUAUCUGGAAACGAAACCAGAUGUAGAAGAAUUAAAGAGACAAAUACAUUUCGAAUCAUCUGAAAAUUCUUUGAAUGAGAAAAGUUUAAACGAGAAAACAGAUGACACUGUGGAAAACAGCAUAGCAAGGAGCGAUUGUCAACAAUUGGAAGUUUUCGUUUGCAAACAGUCGCUAGAAGAUAGUUCCAGAGACGAAAUUGACAGUAUAGACAAAUUAGACUUCAUGCUUGCAAGACAAAUGCAAAAUGAAAAUAAUCAAUCAGAUGAGUAUAGUGAAGACAUUAAUUCCGGUAGCGAGUCAAUUUGUAUGUCAGAGACAAAUUCUCCGUCACAAGUACAAAAAAUACCCAUUUUUGAAAAUCAAGUGCCAACAGCUUCAUCCACAUGUUCAAUAGAUCAUUGUAGUACCACAUCUAAAGAAACCACCAUUGAUCAUUCCAUUUCUCAUCCGCUCAAAGACAGAAGUUCACCAUCAGACUCUAUUCAUAAUCGCGAAGUUAUUCCCAUCGAAACCGCUGCAGAAGUGCAAACCAUAGAUACAGAAAAUGGUUUGACUAGAAUGAGUUGUGAAACGCUGAGUAUUAGUCAUGGAGACAGCAAUAAUGCGGAUUCAUCCCCGAAAGAUACUACAGAAGUUGUAGAUACUGCCCCCCUCAGUACAGAGCCAAAUGCUGUAUUCCCUCAUAGAAAUAAUGCAUCAGAGUUUUCGCAUUCCAUCCCUUCACUUGCAAAUGGAAGUCCAGCAUAUACUGAAGUAGCAGGAAGGUUUGUUGCGAAAGAGCCAAAUGAAGCUGCCUGUGUGAACGGGUACGAUAGUGAUGCAACGUUAGUAUAUGAUGAAGACGAUGAUGCACGUGACGUGACCAUGGGCGACAAGCUCGUGAAAAAUAAUCGUCUCAACCAAAAGUUUUCCAUUUUUUCUCAAUCACAUUCAAAGUUAAAAAUUCGAGAUUCUGUUGAAGUUAAAAGUCUAAAGAAAACUGUUUUCAAAAAAGUGAAUUCGCGAAAAACAUGUGAUAAACCUUUGAAAGCGAAAAGCGUUUCGUCAGAAGAAAGAACAGUUAUUUCAGACAAAAGAUUGAAAGUUAAGACAAAAUGCCCCCGACGUAAGAGGCACACGGUGAAUAAAGAAAGCAAUAGCGAAGAUUUGACACUCAUCAUAUCAUCUGGCAAGAAGAAAAAGAAGAAAGCAAAUAAGAAUUUAAAUGGUGUCAUAAAAUUGCAUGACGUUUUCCACUUUGAAGACAGCAAUGAAGGAGAGAAAAUGGAUAGUAAAAAGGUUUUGCCAUCAAAAAAUAAUGGCAAACAUUUCCUGAACGAAAGACCAGAAAGAAACAAUGGAAUGAAAAAUAAAAAGGUACCCCAAUCAAGACAUAAAGCAAAGACUAGAAAAAGCCGAAGACGGAUGAAAAACAAAGCUUGUUCGGUUUUAGACAGUAUGGAUGAGGAUGAUCUUCCGAAAAUUCUUCCUCCCAAACGACGGCGUAAUGCUAAAAACAAUGCUGCGAUGAAGACGACAGCCGCAGUAGUCUCAAAUGAUAUGGAAAGAUUAAUGCAGGAGUUUCCACGACACAAUUGGUUGGAAAACAAAUACAAAUCAGAGGACAGCACACGGGUUCGCCCCGACGAAAUCAAACCUUCACAAGAACUGUAUGAAUAUUCAUUAGAUGACGAGAAGAUGGAGUGUACUGAGCGAACAGAAGAGGAGCAUUCAGUAGGUGACGUGAAUUAUUCUGUGGUUAACACGCACGGUGAACAACCAGGAUACAACCAACAAAAUACUCUCACCCCCGGGGCGCCUACAGUUACAUCAGAUAAAGCUGACUCCAGCGACGACCCGGACCGAGACAGGCUUCAGAUCGUCACGGACUUGGUUCAGGAUGACCAACAGGUGGAAGUCAUGAUUCCUUGCGCACUACCUACAACAGUCUCGGAAGACACAUCCCUGAAUCCUGAAAUCAAUCAGGACCAGGAAUCCAAUGCAGAAAUUGACACAAGUGAGGCCAGAGAAGAGUCUGUCCCGCCAAUAGUGUCACCCGUGGAGGUAACGGAUAACACACGAGCGAAUUCCAACUCCCUCCCUCCUGUACCACAGCUAAUCAAAGUACCCGAGAGCAGUCAGAAUGCAUUACCGACACACGAUAUGGUAGGGUCAUCCAAUCCAGAAAGCUGUGAAACUGUAACAGGAAAUCAGACAAUCGGUGAAAAUAUGUGCACACCAAUAAUGACUUGUGACAGUGCAACAACAACGUCUUGUUCUUCUCCAAUUUCAACUGUAACAGUCACGUCGAACAAACGAUGCAUUCCUUCCACGAGGACACCAGAAGAACAUCAAAUUAACACUAAAAAGCGGAGGUUGUUAAGCUCUGAUGAGAGUGAUAAUAGACAGAGAUUGUAUGGUGAAGCAUUCGUAUCAGACCCUGUUCGUGAGAAAAGUUCAAAUUCGCAAUGCCCGGACGUGGAUAUCAAUAACUUGAAAAAAAUAAUAACAGCAAAGGUGAAGUCCGACAUUAAUAAUCAGUUACAACGGACAUUGAAAGAAUUUCGGGAACUAGACCAGUUGGUCUCCGAGAAAGCGCGUGAGGCGGAAUCUUUGAGGCAACUGCGUGAGCAAAAGCUUAGAGACCUUCACAUAAUUCAACAAAACAAUUCAGAGGCAGAAAUUAAGCGGAUCCUGAAUGAAAAAUUAAGUAGCGUUGAGAAACAAGCAGAGCUGAAGUCAGAUAUGAGCAGUCCUCCUCCUGCACAUCAACGUCCAAAGCAAAAUAUCAGGGAGCUCUUGGAUAAAAUGGAUCAAUCUCAUUCCCAGACCCCCAUCGAUUGUUCCACAUUUAGUGCAUUUAGUGCUCGUAAAACACCAUUGCACUCUCCAAAUACCAGUGUCGAUGGGAAAAUCUCCGCCAAUUCUCACAGCCAUACACAAGUGGCACCUGGUAGAAUCGAUGUUUCAGAGACAGGAAUCAUUCCAGCUCAUGCUCUUCCUCUACAUGAAGCUGAGCAGAAUUGUGCCAUAAGGGCGUCUUCAGCGCCAGCUUUAUGUAAUAACAAAAAUAGCUUUAAUAGACAGGUAUCUUCCUCCGAAAACCGGCAAACAAUAUCGAAUAGAACUCACUCCGUUUCCUCAACUCUUAGAUCGGUUAAUAAUGUAAAAUCAAGUACAAGUUCAAUUAAGCAAAACGAUGCUUACAUUGAUCUUUCACAUGGCAGUAAAGACUCUGAAAUAGAAAUUCAAAGAGAGCUUAGUAGGGCUUUGGCUGCUAAACGACAGAAACACGAUCCCAAUGUGAAGCCGGAUACAUACAAGAACAAAGAGGGUCAAGUAAAUCGGAUACAUCAUCAAAACGGAGAACCCUGUGCAACAAGACAAAAUAUACAACCACCUAAUGCGCAGUCGAUCAAAAACGCAAAGUCAAAAGAUCCCAGAGGGUUUGUUCAGUAUUCUCAGAAUCCAUACCCCCAGCAAAUAGUGCGACCUGUUUCGUAUGCGAGCAUGGUUAAUCCUCCGAAUUUAGCGAUGGACCGGGCUGCCGCGCCUCAUCAGAGUAAUGCAGGGAUGAUGCGUCCACAUGCCAUUCGAUUGCUUGGAGCAACUGCGUUAGGAAAUGUGCAUCAACCAAUUGAUGGAAGACAAGCGUAUACAUACGCGUCAAACAUUCCUUUAAAUACAUUCCAGAAUACCGGGUCUAUCCAACAUGGUACACCCGUCAGGCCAAUGCAAGGUAUUACUAGUCCAACACAGCCACAUGUUCGACCCUCAAUGGCCAACGGAGUGCAGGCUUUGGAAAACGGUCAGCUCUUGCGCCAUAUUCCCAUUACGGCUGCGCGAACCAUUGCCGAUCCCCAGAAAGCCCCAUAUGUGCAGCAGGCCACAAUUUCAUCCAUGGGUCAACCAAUUAUCCGCCCCCAGGGCCAUUUACGCCCUAUAGUACCAGUGAAUUCAACAAGGUCCCAAGCAACAGAUUCGGCUAUCGGCCAUAGCAUGAGAAGAAUGCCCAAUAACACAACAGUAAAUGUUAUCCCAUCCCAACAACAACAACAGCCUAACAUUCACACGAAUAUGAACGGGAAGUGCAUCGUGUGCUCUAAAUUUGCUUUGUAUCUUUGUUCCAAUUGUCAACAGUACUGGUACUGUUCUCCACAGUGUCAAUUGAAACACUGGGUGACCCAUCAACACCACUGCAAGACUUCCUCACAUGUUUCCUAGCAAUGAAUAUGGAAUCACAUUGUAUUGUACGCAGCAGCAAGCAGAAAUUACAGCUAUGGACACGUAUCUCUAUCAAUGUGACUUCUGGUGAUUCAUUGUACGAAACCUAAUUCAUUUUCACAACUCUUAAAAGAGUAUUCCAAUAAUGGCAAAGGGGCACAUGAUGAUUGUGGUUCGUCGUUCACCACGAUUUCUCUUGAUUGAUUCUCUUCCCAGAUUCGUUUGUGUUCUAUGAAUGUUUAUACCACUUUGAUAUUUGCUCAAUUGUAUACAAAUUUUGUAAUUCGAUUAAUAUGUUAAUGAUUUCGUAAAAUCCUAUUCCAUUGGUACCGUUUCAUUUUAGAUUUUAGUUCUAUUUUUGGUUUAUCGUAACAAAUAACAUUAACCGUCUACAUAAUUUGUACAUAACGUUUAGUGGUAUGUUGUUUGGCAUUUUUGAUAUGUUUUGAAACUCUGUUUAUUGGGCAUUAUGAAAAUUGUGUUCUCAACUUUUGACUAUCCAUUGCAGCUUCGGAGCUUCUAUUGUACAUAUUUUAUUUUUUAAUUUUAUGACAAUAUUCUUUUCAUAUUAUUUGUUCAUCAUUUCCUUAACGCAAUGGAAUGAUAUAGGCCUCAGUGAUUAAAAUUAGUCUCACUAUAAACAUCGUAUUUUCAUCUACUCUACAAGCAACUUACGGAUGGAUUCUUCUCAUAUUUACUUGAUAUGUUGAUAUUUCUUAUGCAACAAAUAGGCACAGAAAAGUGAAUGUCUCUGUUCUUGUUUUUGUGCCAAGGUCAUUUCAAAGUCACACUAUUUUCAUUGCAAAUGACCUUGAAAUUCCAAUAGAGCAGAUAUGAAUUGUAUAUACAUAAUUUACUUGUGAUUAAUUUCCAAUUUUUUCUUAAUUUGGAGCAUACUCACUGUGCAUGAAAAUGAUUAUGUCUGUUAUUAAUAACACUGGUAAACUCGAUGAGAUAUAAGGCAACCCGAAUUUCCUUUGAUAAUUCUGGGUGAGUUAUUUCUGUCCUACCUCUACUACUUAGAUAUUUUUAGAAGUUUUGUUUGAUAAUAUUGUUAUAAUAAGACAAAUUAUGACAUAAAAUUAAUUAGGGGAUCAGAUCAUGUAAGAAAAAGAAAAUGUUGGGGUUUUUUUUCAUCUUUACUUCAAAAUAUUUCAGGAGUUAUUUAAACAUAUAAAUUAGCGGAUUAGGGAUAAAACUGAUACUUUACUACCCCUAUUAAUUCACCGAAAAAUAUAGUCACAUUAAUCCAAGUUCAUUUGACCCAUUCAUCCCUGUUAUAGCGUUAAAUGUUGCGACUGUAAAUAUCGUCUAAUUUGCCUUCAUGAGGAAAAGAAACCAUCUUUAAACACUUUAAUCAUGUGACAUCAAAAUAAGGGGACACUUGAUUUUUUUUUGCAUGAUCGUAUAUCUUGAGGUAUAAUAUUCCAUUCUUCGAUCUACUUUUUCAUUCUAACACCAACUCUCUGGGGUGAAUCCAUUCAGUCUGAACGCCAUGACUGCAGGCCAUGACAGUCGGUGCUUCCAAUGGUUGACUACAAAUUGAGGGCACCUGUCUCUGUUUUCACAUUUAUUGAUAAUCACAAAAAUAUCUAUCUUUCCGGAAAAAAAUAGUUUGCAGACUAACAGAUUAUCUCAAAUUUACUACUAAUAAAAAGUUUCGAUAUUUCCGUACAUUAUAUAUGUGUAGAUUGAAUAAUUUUCUCACUUUUACGAAUAAUCAAAAAGGUUUCUAUAUUUCCGAAUAUGGUUCGUUGACUAACAUAUUUUCUCGCAUUUACUAGUUUCGAUACUUUUAGACACAAAGAGUUUGCAUACUAACAAAUUUUUAGCAUAAAAAUGGUAUAUUUUAUUGUUUAUUCAUGUAGAAGAGAAAACUUAUUUACAUGUACAUUCCAGGUUUAAUUUUUGUAAAAGGGAAAUAACUGGAAUUUACCUGUUUGUGAAUUAUUGAAUAUCAAGGAACUCCUAAAUCCUUUUAAUAAAAUCAGGGCGUUUUCUGUCCUGGAUUUUAAUGAAAACCCCACAACCUCAGCUGGGUGUAACUACAAAUACAAAUGUGUAUCAGCUGAGUGUAACUUAAAAUACCAAAGUGUAUCACUUUAAAUUAGCAAAAAAUUCAGUACUUAAUUCUUUAAACGAGUUUCAGUAUAUCUCUUGAUAGUUUAAACACACGUGAACAAUUUACACUGGGGGUUAUUUUUGCUUUUCAAUCUCCAUGAAAAAGAGUUUGAUUGUUUCAGCAUUGCAAGUGUGAUGUGAUUUUCUUGAAAAUGCUUGUAAUAUUAAAUUCAAAGUUAAGAUCAUACACCUAAUCCUGACGGUGUUUUGAAUGUAAAGAAUGAGGGAAGCAAUAUUUCCCCCUAAACAUGGAGCUAUUGAUAAAAAUGUAUUACCAUAUUGAGUGUGAAGAUGUCAUUUACGUUCUAAACUAUUUCAUAUUGAAUUCUGUUCGAUAUAAAAUUGAUUCACAAUCAUGUUCAAACAAUUCAUUGUGAUGUAACUCUAUACGCAAUCAAUAUAUAAAUUCUUCCCCAAGUGCCAUUUCUAUUGAAAUCCGUCGUCAUGACGACGUUAAUCAAGGUUCUCCUAUAAUCAGUACAUGUUUUGGUAUUUCCCCAUGUGUAUAGUCCCUGUAUGAACAGUAAUAUUUGAUUUUUGUUACAUGUUUGACAACGAUAUUUUUUAAUAAUAAAAGAUGUGAUUUUGAUAUUUGAUCCUGAAUAAAAUAUUUGAAAAUGA